AUGGCCGUCAACCUGAGGGGAUCAUGGCUGUGCUUGAAACACCUGCUGCCCCUGCUGGUGGAGACGGGGAAGGAGGGGGCUGUGGUGAUCACAAGCUCAAUCGCAGGCCUGCGUGGCAUGCCCGAGAUUGCUCCCUACUCGGCCAGCAAGCACGCUCUCAUCGGCCUGGCCCGCAGCGUUGCCCUCGAGUACGCAGGCCGCGUGCGCAUCAACUGUGUCUGCCCCUCUGGCACGGACACGCCCAUGGUGCAGCGCUUCGUGCAGCAGAGGCCAGACUGGGAGCAGGCCGCCACCAACCUCAGCAACCCAAUCGGCCGCAUCGCGCGGCCCGAAGAGGUGGCGGAGGCGGUCCUGUGGCUGUGUACCUCCGCCACGUACACAACUGGCUCGCACCUCUCGCUGGAUGGUGGAGCGGACUGCGGGGGCCAAGGGGUAUUUGUCCACACAGACGUGCGGGAUGAGGCGGCAGUGGCCGCCCUGGCGGAGCAGAUCCGCAGCAGGCAAGGGACUGCCACGGAUGAUUACCCCACCUCUGAUUUUGAUGCUCUCAUGGCCGUCAACCUGAGGGGAUCGUGGCUGUGUUUGAAACACCUGCUGCCGCUGCUGGUGGAGACGGGGAAGGAGGGGGCUGUGGUGAUCACAAGCUCAACUGCAGGCCUGGGCGGCAUGCCCGAGUUCGCUCCCUACUCGGCCAGCAAGCACGCCCUCAUCGGCCUGGCCCGCAGUGUUGCGCUCGAGUACGCCGGCCGCGUGCGCCUCAAUUGUGUCUGCCCCGCAUCCACAGACACACCUAUGGUGCAGCGCUUUGUACAGCGGUGGCCAGACUGGCAGGCCACGACCAACGCCAGUUACCCUAUCGGCCGCAUCGCGCGGCCUGAGGAGGUGGCGGAGGCGGUCCUGUGGCUGUGCACCUGCGCCACGUACACAACUGGCUCACACCUCACCUUAGAUGGCGGCGCAGGGGCGUGA